AUGAGUCGAUCAGGCCAGCCUCCGGAUCUCAAGAAGUACAUGGACAAGAAACUCCAAAUUAAGCUUAAUGCCAACAGAAUGGUAGUUGGAACUCUCCGUGGGUUUGACCAGUUCAUGAAUCUUGUUGUGGAUAACACUGUGAUAAGAGGAAACAGCAUUGUCACAGUUGAAGCUCUCGAACCAGUUGGAAGAUCUUAG